ACAACUUUUGGUAAUACUUAUUUUUUAUUUCUGCUUCUACUAAGUAUUAUAAUAAUUGUAGUGUUCUAUUUUUAUUCAAAAUGCCGCAACGAGAAAGGCGAAUAUUUUCACUAAAAUACGACGCUUUCAAAAUCAUCCUCUGCAGUUGGAUGUUGAAUCAGAUGUCAGUGGUGUUUGUGCCCAGUGCGAUCUCCCACAGUGGUUUCUACAUUCACGCUGCCGUGUAUCUGUUGGCUGUUGUAUUUGUGGGGAUUCCCCUCGUGUACUCUGAAGUGUGCAUCGCCCAGUACACCAACGGCAACGCAGUCACAAUGUUCAACUACUGCCCUAUCUUUCGCGGCAUCGGAUAUGGAACCUACUUCUUGGUAAUCCUAAACGCAAUGUAUACGCUCGUCCUAGCCAGCUGGUACCUAGAAUAUAGCUUCUACUCCCUAAUCGAUCCUCCACCAUGGUGCACUUGCGAACACUUCGAUCCUAAGGAGUGUAUGGUAAAAAGAAUCAAUAUCACAACUUUUCAACACUGCGUAGAAAUGCAGACACUGUAUAAAUUGAACUGCAUGAAGAAAACAGCGAGUGCACUCUUUUAUGAAGAAGAAAUUGGAGAUGAAAAUACACUUAAAACAUUUUGCUUACGCCACUGGAAACCAGUAGCUGCAAGUGCUUCUAUUUGUAUGUUUUUGUACAUAUUGACUUUAAAAAAGUAUAAUUUAUUUGUAGCGUUUGCCAAAAUUGUAUUUGUAUACGUAUUAUUGGCAUUAUUUCUUCUCUUUUGUGCUAUUUUGUCUACUAAAGGUACUUGGUAUACCGCGAAAAUUAAGGUUAGUUUAUCGUACUUAAAUUUUAAGGAAUUAGCUAUAUUUGCAUCUCGCGGCUAUCUAACUAUGGGGACCGGCAGUGGAGUGAUCGUGGCCUUGGCGCGCUUCGUACCGUUCCGAAGUCCCGCCACUAUGACUUCUAUAUCUAUGCCCUUAAUAUCUGUGGUUGUUUGCCUAAUCUACUCAUUGGUAUCUUUUAGUGCUUUAAAAUCCAUGUCCUAUUUUCAUGCGGAAGAUCAAUUUGUGAUGGACAUAGGAAACAGUGUUUUCUUCGAUAUUUUUGGAUCGACAUCGGAAAUUUUAUCAUAUUUGUAUCCGAACCGGCUCUGGUCAUUUCUUUGGUUUUCAUCAAUAUUAUGCAGUCUUUUAGUAAAUCAAUGGAUUAUAUUUCUUUAUUUACUUGACGCUGUUUUACACUUUCAUUUUUGUCAGCGGCACUUGAAGACUGUAACUUUUUUUCUAUAUUUAACAUUGAACUAUUUCUCGACAUACUUUUUUUGUUCGGAUUUAACUGUUGCCCUCACAGAUUCUAUACGUGUUAUACAAACAGUAAACUGUUUACUAUUUUCUAUAUCAUUAUAUUGGAUUUACGGAAUAAACAACCACUGUAUAGAUAUUCUGUUCAUGAUUGGUAUCAAAACAUCUUGGUUUUGGAAAACUUGUUGGUUCAUAAAUCCUUUUAUUAUCAUAACAUAUUUAUAUGCCAUUAUAAAGUACGAUCUUAUGUAUGAUGAUUAUACUGUUUCAAAGGAAAUACCAUCAAUUGGAUUUGCAUUCAACGAACUUAUAUUUUAUUUAUUUAUUGGUAUUUACUUAAUAGUUACGAUCACUGGCAUAAUAUUAGAAGUUUGCAGUUUUAUACGAAAUAGGGAUAACAUUAUUCGACCAUCAAAAUUUUGGGGCCCCAAAGACCAGAUUCUGUUCAAAAGUAGAAAAAUGUUCGUACCGGAAAUAAUGACCAGAGAAUUUUUGUACAAGCAAGCAAGGGUUGUCAAUCAAACAUAUAAAGAUAAUGUUUCUGCCAGUGAACCAACGACAGAAGAAAAUAUUUCAGUUGAAACAUUGUCUGUAAAACAAGAUUGGACCGCAUGUACCUCUAACUAAUGAAUGAGGUAAAUGGCAUAGUUCCAUUUACAUGGGGGGGUAGGUACCUAUAUGAAAAUAUUCCAUUUAGAGAAAUGUAAUAUAUAUAAAAAUACUGAAAUGUUAAAUAAAAUAAAAUUUAUAACAUUCAUAAAAUAAAUAAUUGUAACCAGU